AUGGCGGAAAUUCCGGAGCCGAGUGGCCUCCCGUUCUUCGGAAAUAUUGGCUCCAUCGACCAGGAAUUCCCCCUGGGUUCCAUGGUCGCUCUGGCCGAUGGAUUAGGCGAGAUCUACCGUCUGCGCUUCCCCGGACGCUCGGUCGUGGUCGUCUCCACCCACGCCUUGGUUGAUGAGACCUGUGACGAGAAGCGGUUCAAAAAAUCCGUUAAUUCGGCGCUAUUGCAUAUUCGCGAUGGCGUGCACGAUGGAUUGUUUACCGCAAAAAUGGGCGAGGUCAAUUGGGAGGUUGCCCAUCGGGUCUUGAUGCCCGCGUUCGGCCCGCUGUCGAUUCGGGGAAUGUUCGACGAGAUGCACGAUGUCGCCAGCCAGCUGGCCCUGAAGUGGGCGCGAUAUGGGCCCGACGCCCCCAUCAUGGUCACGGAUGACUUCACCCGCUUGGCACUCGACACUCUCGCCCUCUGCUCAAUGGGGUACCGAUUCAACAGCUACUACUCCCCUACGCUGCAUCCGUUCAUCGAGGCCAUGGGGGACUUUCUGACCGAGGCCGGGGGAAAAUCGCGGCGGCCCCCGUUGCCGGGCGUCUUCUUCCGCGCCCGGGAGCAAAAAUUCCAGGAUGACAUUGCCGUGCUGCGCGAGACGGCCCAGGGAGUACUCACGGCGCGCAAGGCGGGCCAGAGUGAUCGCAAUGAUCUGCUGGCAGCCAUGCUGCGGGGGGUCGACGCGCAAACCGGCCAGAAGAUGACCGAUGAAAGCAUCAUGGAUAACUUGAUCACCUUCCUCAUCGCGGGCCACGAGACCACGUCUGGCCUGCUGUCCUUUGUGUUUUACCAGCUCUUGACCCACCCGGACACCUACCGCAAGGCCCAGCAGGAGGUCGAUGCGGUGGUGGGCCAGGGGGUAAUUGACGUAUCCCACCUGUCGAAGUUGCCCUAUAUUAAUGGGGUCCUCCGCGAGACCCUGCGACUCAAUGCCACCAUCCCGCUGUUCACCGUGGAGGCAUUCGAGGACACGCUCCUCGCGGGCAAAUAUCCGGUGCAGGCGGGGGAGACCAUCAUCAACCUCCUGGCCAAGUCGCAUUUGGAUCCGGCCAUCUACGGGGACGACGCGGGGUCCUUUCGCCCGGAACGCAUGCUAGACGAGUCAUUCAACGCGCGCCAAAAGACAUUUCCCAACGCCUGGAAACCGUUUGGGAACGGCAUGCGGGCCUGCAUUGGACGCCCGUUCGCCUGGCAGGAAGCCCUCCUGGUCAUGGCCAUGCUCCUCCAGAACUUCGAUUUCUCGCUGGAACCUGACUACCAGCUCCACAUCAAGCAGACCUUGACUAUCAAGCCGAAAGACAUGGUUAUGAGGGCGACCCUACGCCAUGGACUGACUCCAACCACUCUAGAACGCAGACUGGCGGGGCUGGCGGCCGAGGCGACACGGUCCCAGACCCCUGCCGGAUCGGCCACCGGCGCGCAGACCGGUAUCCCCUUGACCGUCUUGUACGGGUCCAAUAGUGGCACGUGUGACACCCUGGCCCGGCGCAUUGCCGUCGACGCCCCGUCGCGAGGCUUCCGAGUCGUUCAGUGUGAUAGCCUCGAUCGCGCCCGUGAUGCGCUCCCUCGGGGGGCGCCGGUCGUCAUCGUGACCCCCUCGUACGAAGGACAGCCCCCCGAUAAUGCCAAACAGUUCGUGUCUUGGCUGGAGGGUCUGAGCCAUCAUGAUCAACCGCUCAAGGACGUCUCCUACGCGGUCUUUGGCUGCGGAAACAAGGAAUGGGCGCAAACUUUCCACCGAAUCCCCAAGCUAGUGGACUCCACGCUUGAACAGCUGGGAGCCACCCGCCUGGCCGGCUUGGGACUCACUGAUGUCGCGUCCGACGAGUUGUUCUCCACCUUCGAAACAUGGGCGGAACACACACUGUGGCCGCAGCUGAUGGCGCGAUACACCGCGGGGACUAUCCCGCCGAGUGUGUCCGCGCGCCCGGAAGUAGGCGUCGAGGUGACGAUGUGCAAGUCGCGCACCCAAGUGUUACGCCAGGAUGUGGGUCAGGCCACCGUGGUCGACACUCAGGUCCUGACCAGUGAGGUGGAAACGGAGCGCCGGAAGAUCCAUCUCGAGGUCCGCCUGCCUGACGGACUCCACUACAGCGCGGGUGACUACCUCGCGAUUCUGCCUAUUAACCCUCUCGAAACCGUGCGCCGGGCUAUGCGACAGUUCAAACUGCCCUGGGACGCACAGGUCAAGAUCGCUGCCUCCAGUCUGACCACCGCCCUACCGACAGACCGUCCAAUGGCAGCCAGCGAUAUCCUGAGCUCCUACGUGGAGCUCUCCCAACCCGCUACGCGCAAGGAUCUCAAAACAAUGGCCGGUGCCACGACGGACGCCGACUCGAAGGUGGCUCUGGAGAGAUACGCGACUGAAAAUUAUGCCGACGACAUCCUCGCCAAGAGUGUCUCCGUCCUGGACAUACUGGAGCGAUAUCCAGCAAUCGAUCUGCCACUGGGAUCUUUCCUCCUCAUGCUACCGUCCAUGCGAUUGCGACAAUAUUCCAUCUCUUCGUCGCCCCUCUGGAACCCCAACCACGCUACCAUCACGCUGUCGAUCCUCGACGCGCCCUCUCGCUCCAGUCAAGGGGGACACCGCCACCUUGGUGUGGCCUCCUCCUACCUCGAUUCUCUUCGUCCCGGCGACAUCGUACAAGUCACGACCCGCCAAUCUGGCGGGGGCUUCAGCAUGCCCGACGAACCCGACCGAACCCCGAUGAUCUGUAUCGCGGCCGGCACCGGCCUUGCGCCCUUCCGUGGCUUCCUCCAGGAGCGAGCCGCCCUGUUGCAUCAGUCGAAGACGCUCGCCCCUGCGCUCCUCUUCUUCGGGUGUCGCGCCCCGGGACACGAUGAUCUGUACCGUGCGCAGCUCGAGGAGUGGCAGCGACAGGGUGUGGUGGAUGUACGAUGGGCGUUUAGCCGGGCGGCGGACAAGAGUGAAGGCUGUGCGCAUGUCAACGAUCGCAUCUGGCACGACCGUAAAGACGUAGUGGAGCUCUGGCGCAACGGUGCGAAAGUGUUUGUAUGCGGGUCGAGGGGGGUGGCCGAUUCCGCCAAGGGAGCGAUCCUCCAGAUUUUCCGCGAGGAGACGACGAGUCGUGAGGGAGAUGAGAGCCCACUGGAGGGGCUAAAUGACGAUCGGGCGGAACAGUGGUUCCAGUCGCAGAGAAAUGUUCGAUAUGUCACAGAUGUAUUCGAUUAG